AUGAGCUCCAACGCCUCCACGAGCGCCGUCGCCAACGGCGGCCAGCCCAAGUCGCGCGGCGCCCGUACCAUGGACGCCGUUGGUGAAAGGGCCAGCGAGAUCAUCAAGGAGGACUUUGGCAAUGCACGCAAGGUUGCGCUCGAGGCCAUGAAGAGCCGCGCGUACCUCUACCCGCUCAAGAAAGAGUCGCUAACCACCACCUACACACACAUUCAGGGCAUCGCCUACUUCCUGUCGCACCGGUCGCUGUGGAAGCCCUUUCUGUCGCGCCUCGGCCCCAUCCUGGCGCUCUCGGCCGGCGUCGUCACGUCCAUGUUCGCGUUUACGUACCUGCCGCAGCUGGCCGUGCUCGUGUUCGUCAACGGGCCGCUGGCUGUCUUCUCGACGGUGCUGCUAGUGCUGAGCGAGAGCUCGGCCAUCAUCAACGCUGUCUCGCGCGGAUGGCUGCUGCAGGACGCCAUCCUGGACACGUUUGACGGCACGCUCGUGGCGCGCGACGCGACCGCCAUUGUCGGCGAGGGCCGCGAGCUCCGGCCCGGCCGCGACCCCAUGGCCCGCCUCGGCAAGGUGCUGCGCAGCCCGUUUGACAAGUUUGGCCCCAAGGCCAUGAUCCGGUACCUGAUGUACCUGCCGCUCAACUUUAUCCCCAUUGUCGGCACCGUGGCGUUUGUGUUCUUGCAAGGUCGCAACCGCGGACGUUCGGUUCAUGAGAGGUACUUUCAGUUGAAGAAGUGGACCGAUGCGCAAAAGUCGAAAUGGGUCGACACGCAUGUCGGGGCGUAUACAUCGUUCGGUCUUGUCGCCACCGUCUUGGAAAUGGUCCCCAUCGCGAGCAUGUUCUUUACGUAUACCAACACCGUCGGCGCGGCCCUGUGGGCGGCCGACCUGGAGGCGCACAGCACGUCGCUGACAAAGGAGACGGCGCCGAAUCUGCGCGCGGCAGCCGACAAGGCAACGGAAAAGUCGGAGCUGUAA